UUAAAUACAUAAUGCAAUUUAAUUUAUCUUUUAUCUUUUACAUGUGCCAUAACCGUCACCACAGGAUGUGUGGAUUCCACCAGUAUCUCCUGCGCUUCUGCGUUCUUGGAUACGUUUUCUGCAAAUCUGAUGCUUCUUGGCAGGUAAAGUUGCCAAGCCAUAUCGAAGGAUUGUUGGGUUCCUGCCUCGUCAUCCCGUGUAGUUUUGACUAUUAUCGUUAUCCACCUAAGAGACCAGAUCGUGUUGUUUGGUACCAGUACGUGAGCAACGGAUAUCCAUUAGUUUAUGACAACUGGUACCCAGGUAAUGUCAUUCCCAUAUUUCGAAGAAGAACGUAUGCAUUCACUUCUCGGUAUGGCAGGACUUGCAGUCUGCAGGUCAGUCCAGUAUCCUUGGCUCAUCAUAAACAGAAGAUCUAUCCCUGGGUAGAUCCGGAAAAUGUUGGGAGAAGCACAUACCGAUUCUUUGAUACAACAGUAACAAUCCAAGUAAUGGACAGGGCAAAGAAACCAAACAUUAUGAUCACUGGUGACAUGAGGGUUGGAAAGCCUGUAACAGUACAAUGCUCUGUUGAUCACACCUGUCGCACCAACCCCCCACUUCUGAGUCUCAACAUCCCACUCAACAGCCACGAUCUCACUCAUACUGAGUCAGGUUAUGGUACAAGAACUACACUGACAACAACUUUGCUCAUACAGAGAGACCAUCAAACGGUGGAGUGCUCUGUCCGGCACCCAGGUGGCCUCACAGCAAAAGCGUAUAUGGUAUUAAAUGCACAAUGCUCGUUUUCACCAUUGACUAUCAGCCCUACAGUAAAUGAAUUUCUAGAGGGACUUGCAAGCAAAGUCAGCUGCACUGCCACGUACACCUGCUCAAAUCAUAUACCGACUCUUACCUGGAACUACGGUGGCAUGUCGACCUCCACCGAUACGAGUGCACUGGGUCCGACUUUGUGGAAGACUGUUUCCACACUGAUGGUAACGCCAUCAGCCAGUGACCACGGGAGAUCUCUGACAUGUACAGCACAUUUUACUGGAGGACAGACGCAGCAAAGGAGCAUCACGCUGCAGGUGAAAAGAAAUAUGCACACUCUUGGUUGGACUUUCUCUACUCCUCGAAGCGUAACAGGAUUGACAGGAUCAUGUGUUGUCAUUCCUUGCAAGUUCACCUACAGUAACUCUCAGCCUGGGGGCCUGCAAGUGAUAUGGUACUUGUACGAGACCAAUGGAUACCGAGCUGUAUUCAAUGAAAGAGAGAGAAAUCUUAUUGGCAAAUUUAAUGGUAGAACCAGCUUGAUUGGAUCUGUGGCAGACUCCAAUUGCAGUCUUAAGAUAGAGAGACUGGAGAAGUCCCACAACCAGGACCGACUCUACCCUUGGAUUGAUAGGAAUCCCAUCACCUCCUACCACACUCAUGGCUUCUCAUUCAAUGAUAAAACCACACAGAUUUUUGUAUUAGAAAAUGCAGAGGAACCACAACUGAGCAUCAUUGGUAUCCCUAGGGUGGGAGAACAGAGCACAGUCUCCUGUAGUGCGCGCCAUACCUGCCCCCCUGCUCCUCCCGUCCUAACUCUCAAUGGUAUACCUGGAAGCGACCACAUCAGGGAGUCUCUGGUAUCCGAUGGGAUUUGGGAAAGAACAAUAGAACGGACUUGGGUUGUACAGGAAGAGCACAAGAAAGUGGAGUGCACCGUCAGCUACCCUAGUGGUCAGAGAGCCACGAAGGAGCUCCUGCUGAAUGUUGAGUGUCCACAUGAUGACAUCAAAAUGACUGAACCACCAAGACCAACUACAGAGGGUGUAGCGACAAGUGUCAUUUGUUCUGUUACCUACAAGUGCAGUAAUAAUAAACCAACUAUUGAGUGGAACUAUGAAGUCAUGCAGAGUUCAACAAAAACCAAAACGAUCUCCCACAAUACAUACAGCACUCAGUCUAAUUUAACAUUCAUUGGUUCUCUGGGUGAUGAUGGAAAAUCUUUGACUUGUACUGCAGACUUUAAGACAGGGAAGACCUCGGACUCUGCAGUUCUUCAAAUAAUAAAAUAUGAGAAACCAGUAGAGCCAAGUGAAAAUGAAACGCUUCACGUUCUUGCCGCAGAUGUCCCUUUCAGAUUCAAUGCCCUGACACACUCUUGUGUGGUGAUCCCCUGUAGUUUCCAAGACAAAGAAGAUAUACCCAUGACCCGAGGCAUUUGGUCCAAAAAAAAGGGGGGUAUCAUCUUCCACAACAGCCGGAGCCGUAUAACAGACCAUUUUAAGGAUCGAACAAGAAUUUUGGGAGAUCUGAAUUCAGGAGACUGCUCACUGGAGAUUGAUGACAUCAAACCAUUUGACAACGGGCCUUUCUGUUUCCAUGCAGAGAAGAAUGAUAAUGAAUACAGAUUCAACAACAGCUGUGUAUUUGUUGUUAUGAAAGUUUCCCCAGAAAAACCAGUGAUGACCAGAGUUCCCACUGAAGUGGAUGCAGGUUCAACAGUAACCGUCUCAUGUUCUGUGAAUCACACGUGUUCGUCACAUCCUCCAGAGUUUUCAUGGAGUGUCCCUGACAUCACCAGUCAGGUUUCGGACACUUUGAUGUCACAAGGUGUCUGGCAGAGGACGUCCACCAUCACUUUCAUGGUUCCAGGGGGAGACGGAGACAGAAUCCUAACCUGUACUGCCAUUUUCUGGCGUGAAAAGAAACAAGCUAGCACUGUCACUCUAGUCGUUAAGGGAACUAUGAUGUUCCAGUUGAGAAGCUCUGUUCCAGUGGUCGUUCCAGUCUCACUUCUUGUGCUCCUCUUAAUCAUAGUCGCUUCUGUGUCUGGAGUGUUCAUCCACCGGAAGAGAAAGCGCACUGAUGAACUACUGACACUUCCUCCUCGUCCAGAAAAAAGGAGGUCUCUGUGGGACAGGAUUUCCAGGAGAUAUCCUGAGGCAGCCAGGGAGAAGCCUCCAAGGCCAGAGAAACGAAGAUCAAUUUGGAGCCGAUUUUCUCGGAGAACAGAAGAAGAUCGUGUUGGAUGGCAAAAUAUGAGGAAGUCCUUCUGGAGCAGAUUUUCCAGACACCAGGAAAACACUGCUAACCUCAGUGUCAGCUAUUUAAACCACACCAAUACUGUAAUCAGCAACGCGUUUGUCCCCAAACAGCCUUUUCCAUCCCCCAAAAAUAAGCAGAGACGGCCUCCACCUGCCACACCGGAGGAUUGCCAAGUAUAUGGCAACAUUUGAGAGCCUAAGAGACAUUUUGCUGUCAUCCUGGAAAGAGACCACAAGCAUCCAUGCCAAUUUUUCUGCUAUUUCAUAUUCAUCCUUUUUGUUUGUUUAUGUUCAAUUAUGCUUGUGCUUUGGGAAAUAAUUGAUUAGGAGAAACUUGUAUGAAAGAUAAGACUUACUCCACGAUGUUAUUCCAUGAUGUGUUUGACUUUGAUAACAGUUGCAGACAAGCGAGGAGUCAUUGGAAAUCAUCUACAGGGAUAGUGAUGUCAUAAGCUGGUGAUGGAUAGAGAGUGAAGGGUGAUUUAGAUCCAUGUGGAUGUGAAAUCAAGCCAAACACACGAGGAAAUGCUGGAAAGCCUAACGUUGGUCCUGAUGAAAACUGGAGGGGAAAGCAGUAGAGGAGGGUUGCUCUGUUAUGAAGUGGUGUGAUGACGAAAAUCUGAUUAGUGCGCCAGAGAAACAAUCAGCCAGCAUAUGUUAUGAGCAAGAACCAGACCAGACACUGAAUAAAUAGCAUAAAUUCAUAGUUAAAAAAAAAGAUUUAUUUACUCUGUGCACACAAAGAUUGUGUAGUCAUAAAUAUGCUUGUUUAACAUCACAUGUACUGUUUUGACAUAAAAUAUCUACUUUUCUGCAUUUCAGUGUGAGACUCCAAACGUAUCCAUCUAUUUUAUGUUUUCAUUUUUAUCUAUCCCAGCUAUCUUCAGGAAAAAUAUGGGACAGGUUCACUUAUUUUGGUAUAAUGGUCACACUUAUUUUAGGACACCCAAUCAACUUCUGAAGGUUCUUGUAAAAAGCCAGGUACAGUAUACACAGAGAAAAGGGAGAAUAUGGAGAUCCACACAAAGAGGCCUCAGCCGUCAACUGACCCAGGAACCUCCUUGUGAGCUGACACCACUGACAUCCACGCCACCAUCCACAAAUUGCAUGUAAACACAAGGUCAAGGUCAAUUUAUUCAUAUAGCACAUUUACAGACAGACAGUCUGCCCCAAAGGGCUGAACAUAUGAUGAAUGAUAAAAUAAAAUACUGUCAAAAGUAAAAGUUAACAAUACAAAUAGUAAACAACUUAAAAUAUCUCACUCACCUUAACUUAAAAGCCAGAGUAAAAGAUGGGUUUUAAGCUGCGACUUGAAACUCUCCACUGAAGCAGCUGCUCUAAAGGGAGGAAGAUCCACACUUUAGGGCCAGAAGCUCUGCCCCCUAUGGUUUUUAAUCUAAAUCUAGGGCAGUUUAACAGCAACUGGUCCGAAGGCCUUAGUUUUAUUAGUGCUCUGCCUGGAGUGUACAAAAUCAGCAUUGCAGAUAGGAAGCACAGUGUUAAAUUGUUAAGAGAUUUAAAAACAUACAAUAAAAUCUAAGAUUUAAUUCUAAAAGGGCAGCACAGUGGCUUAGUGGUUAGCACUGUUGCCUCACAGCGAGAAGGUUCCUUGUUCAACUCCCGGGCCAUGCAGGGGUCUCCUAAGUUCCUAAGUCACUUUUGUACAGACUCACCCGGCACUUUAAAACCUCAUUUUGUACAUUUCCGGUCUACAUUUUAUUUUAUUGUUUAUACUUUUUAUUGUUUAUACAUAAAAUUUUAUUUUAUCUCUUAUAUAUUUGUUUUUAUAUUUGUAUUGUGUUGCACCAA